ACUGUUGUAACUUGACAGUAGAGACCAGUGAACAGUUAGCGGUCGUGAGCUCAAGUCGCGAGUGAACGAUCCUGUGAGUGAACGAAAUGUGCAGCCAACAGAUGCCCUAACAAAAGCUGGUGGUUGUUUGACGUUAAUUGUCGACCUAACGUUCAUUAGUUCCAAUAAAUUUCCCAAUUCAGAAUUCUUUCCGCCUUCAUCCACUGGCUCUUCGUGACAACCCACAUAUAUUAGUAAAGAAAGAGGCAGAAAAUGGUGUAAGAGAGUGAAGUGUCUGAUUGAUAUUGAAACUGAAGUGAACACUACAGAGACUGAAGGAAAUCUCACAGCUUUUAGUGCAAAGUAAUCAUCACAGACUUUCAAACAGCAAGAAUACAAAAAUGCCUUUUUUUGGUAAACGUGAUAAAGACAAGGAGUCCAGCAAGAAGAGCACCAAUCUCUUGAAAAAAGAUGACAAAUCCUCACCAUCUCUGGAGGACAGAUAUGAACUGAAAGAUCUCCUUGGAACGGGUGCUUUCUCGCAAGUGCGGCUGGCCGAAUCGAAAACAGAAGCUGGCAAGCUGUUUGCCGUCAAAAUCAUUGACAAGACGGCGCUCAAAGGCAAGGAAGACUCGCUAGAGAACGAGAUCAAAGUUCUACGAAGGUUUUCCGACAGGCUCAAGCACCCCAAUAUCGUCCAGCUGCUGGAGACGUACGAAGACAAGAGCAAAGUCUACCUGGUCAUGGAACUAGUGACAGGUGGCGAACUCUUCGAUCGCAUCGUGGAGAAAGGAUCGUACACGGAAAAGGAUGCGGCCGAUCUGAUGCGACAAGUCCUCGAGGCCGUCGACUACAUGCACGAGCAAGGAGUCGUCCAUCGCGAUCUCAAGCCGGAGAAUUUGCUCUACUACUGCCCGGAUGAAGACAGCAAGAUCAUGAUCAGCGAUUUCGGAUUGUCCAAAAUGGAAGACUCUGGUAUCAUGGCAACGGCGUGCGGGACUCCCGGUUAUGUCGCACCGGAAGUGUUGGCCCAAAAGCCCUACGGCAAAGCCGUCGAUGUCUGGAGCAUCGGAGUCAUUUCCUACAUCCUACUGUGCGGCUAUCCGCCCUUUUACGACGAGAGCGACGCCAAUCUCUUCGCACAAAUCUUGAAAGGUGAAUUCGAGUUUGACUCUCCGUAUUGGGACGAAAUUAGCGAUUCCGCCAAGGAUUUCAUCCGUCGACUCAUGUGUGUCGAUGUCAACAAGCGUUUCACAUGUCGCGAAGCCCUCCAACAUCCCUGGAUAUCUGGCAAUGCCGCCAGCACCAAGAACAUCCAUAGUUCCGUCUCUGAGCAACUGAAAAAGAACUUUGCCAAGUCGCGAUGGAGGCAAGCGUACAACGCCACGGCCGUCAUCCGCCAGAUGAGGCACUUGGUUUUGGCCAGCACCAACAGCCGGUCGACGUUGAGCAGCGGCGAAGAAAACAACUCUUCCAGCGACCGCGAGCUCGACGAUCAACCGCCCCGCCCCAAAUCCGUCACCGCCGCCUCAGCCAACGGACGUCCAGCCCUCUAGCUAGAAAACAACAACAACAUCUUGAAGACACUUAUUAUAUCAGAUCAAACAUGAAAAAAAAAAAUAAUUUUUUCAAACUUAAAAUCUAAAAAACAAAAAAGAAAAUCCAUUUUGAUUUUCUCCUCCUUUCGGCUUCUCUUGCAGUCCCUUUGAUAAUAAUCCAUUUCAUAGAAAAGGAAACAAAAGAAAACUAAAAAAACUAAAAAAAAAAAUAUCAAAUCAAUAACAACAAUAAUAAAUAAUAAAAGAAUAUUGUAUCAUGCAUGAUAUUUGGGUUGACGUGGAUCUGAUAUGCUGUUGGUUUGUUUUCUCGCUCUCUUCCUUCGGUUUUGUUUUUUCGAUCUGGGCCUUUUUUCUUUAUUUUUUGAUUGAAUAUUUGCCUCGUUUCUUUUUUCCCCUUUUUGCAUAUAGAAAAGGAAAACAAAAAACACAUUUUUUUAUUAGGGUUUGUGGUUCUAUUUCCCCCAGUUUUUUUUUGUUUGUUUCCAUUCGAGUUAUAUAUAUAUAUAUUUCUCUUGUCUCUGUUUUUGUCUUCACUUUUCUUCAAUCCUUUUUGGUAUUGACGUGUUCCAAAUGUUGAUUCUGGCUCUCUUAUAUUCGAAAAAAUUUGGCUCUCUAUCUCUCUAUUUUUUUUCCUAUCCAUUUUCGAUUACUUCCUCUCUCUCUAGCUCUCUAUUUUGUUGGAUUUAUUACUUUUCCCUUUUUUUGUAUCGAUUCCAAAAUUUUUCGGGGAGGAUUGUGUUAACGGGUAUACAUAUAUUCUAAUAUGCAUAGCUUGUAAAUGAUUCAGAGUUCUUGGUGGACCCCCUUUUUUUUCUUAUUUGUAGCCGAGUGAAUGACAAUUAUGGCAUGACAACUGAGAAUAAUCCCUAUACACGCAUAUUGUCAAAGUGUAUCGGAGGAUGCGUGAAGGAACAAUCGGCAAUUGGAUAAUC